GAAUGGACGUCAUUCUUUACAGCCCUGCAGGCACCACUCAGUGACGACCAGAGCUAAAUAAAGGCUGCUGCGUAAAUGAAGGUGUCAUAGAUGAAGGGCGGGGCGGGCGCGGUUGCUACGGGUGCUCGCGCGGCAGGGCUGCCACAAGUGUUUGGGCUCCGGCUCGCGCUGGAGCCUCCGCACGUCAUGUCCCUGCUGCGCCUCUGGACCCCACGGGUCCUUCUCACGUGGCAGUCGUUGUGGCUGCUGGUCCAGGCAGCUCCGCUUCCGGAGUGGGCCUGGAACCUCGUCCCGCUCACCUUCGAACCCCGAGGACCGACCGACCGCCGGUCUUCCCGCUCCUCUGAUCUCCCACCCGAGUCGCCCCCUGCGCUUACACCCUCCGCAGACCCCGAGGGCUUUGCUUACCUGGGGUCCUCUGCUUCUUCCCAGAUGUUGGCCCCGCCUCAGGAGUUGACUGAGACUUCGGCUCCAUUCCUGGACACGCAGUCAGCUCAAGAGCUGCUUCCAGGGCGAGAUCAGUUUGCUGUUCCACAUCGGGAUCUGAAUGACAAGCUGACUCAACGACAAAGGCUCCCGGAGGAAGUUCCAGUGCCAGGUUGGGAUCAGACUCAAGUCCUACCUCUGCCUCCUCAACUCAGAAGUAAGAUUCAAGCUGUAGGUCUAGAUCAGGCUGCAGAUCACCAGGCAUCAGAAAUACUUGUUCCACCUCUAGAUAGUCGGAGUUCAAAACCAACAAGGUUUAUUAUUUCACCAAAGAUCCUGAAGAAAUAUCUAGCUCAGCAUCGACGGCUUGCUAGGGUGGCUGUUGGAACUUCAAAUCAAUUUGCAUCAAAACCUCAACAUCAAAAACAAACUCUACAGGAUGAUGAUUAUCUAGAUCCAAGUGUGAAUAAAGUUUAUCCUCGUGGCCUACCUCUGGAAUUCCCGGAGAACUUAGAUGAGCCUGCAGGGCCCCCUGAACUUUCUCAAUUCCGUCUAGAGGAUGAAACUCAAAAUCCAGUGACCCCUGAGAAGAUCCAAUCUUCUUCACUCCAAGAAGCCCCAGAACAAUCCGCUGAGGAGGCAGAACCUUCUUCAACCCAGCAGGAGGCCCCAGCUCAGCAGCUACCUGAUACUGAAGAGCUUGCAGCUCAGCCGUCAAUACAUCAUGAAGUAAAUGUUCCAUCUCCAAGUCAGGCUGCAGCUCAGCACCCAGUCUUGUCCAGAGUCACAGUUAAACAUGUGGAUCUUCAGAUUACAGUAACUCCAGAGCCACAUAACAACACUGAACCUACUCCAAGUCACCAGCAGGCCCCAGCUCAGCCUCCAGAGCAGCAUGACAAGGUAGAAGCUUCCUCAACCCAACAAGAGGCUGUAGCUCCUGAGAAGGGUAAACCUUCCUCAACCCAACAAGAAAGCUCAGUUCAAAGACCAGAGCUCCCUCAGGAAGUGGAACCUUCUCCCCUACAGGCGGAGACCCCAGCUAAGUCUCCAGGCUCUCCUGUGGAGGCUGAACCUUCCCCCAGUAAGCAGGAGCAGCCAGCUCAGCCUUCUGAGUCUCCUGAGGGAAAUGAAUCUUCUCAGACCCAGCAGGUGGCCAUAGCUCAAGCUCCAGAGUCCCUGGUGGAGAGUCUAGCUCAAACUCCACUAAAUCAGUUGGUGGCAGUUCAACCUCAUCAUUAUAACUUGCCCAAUGUUACAAUUAAACCUACAGAUGUGGAGCUUACCAUAACUUCAGAGCCUACCAAGGAGACUGAAUCUUCUCCAACCCAGCAGGAGGCCCCAGAUGAGCCUCUAGAGCAUUUUGAGGAGGUAGAAACUUCUGCCCCACAGGAGGAGAUCUCAGCUGAGUUUCCAGGCUUUCCUGUGGAGGCUGAACCUUCCCUCAGUGAGCAGGAGCAGCCAGCUCAGCCUUCUGAGUCUCCUGAGGAAAGUGAACUUUCUCAGACCCAGCAGGAGGCCAUGGAUCAAGCUCCAGAGUCCCCUGUGGAGAGUCUAGCUCAAAUUCCACCAAAUCAUGAGGUGACACUUCAACCUCAUCAUUAUAACUUGCCCCAUGUUACAGUUAAACCUCCGGAUGUGGAGGCUACCAUAACUUCAGAGCCUACCAAGGAGACUGAAUCUUCUACAACCCAGCUGCAGUCUCUAGUUCAGCCUUCAGAACAUCAUGAGGAGGUGGAACCUCCUCCAAUCCAGCAGGAGCAACCAGCUCAGUCUCCAGGGCAUCAUGAAGUAAUAGUUUCACCUCCAGAUAACUAUCAAACUCAGCAUUCAGACUUGCCCAAUGUGGUUACAUCUCCAGGUCAGCAGUUCACCACAGCAGGAGAGCCUACUACACAGGUGGGAACUUCUCCAGUCCACCAAGAGACUAUACCUCUGCUCUCGGGGCAAGUCAAUGAUGUGGAACCUUCUUCAACCCAGCAGGAGGCCCCAACUCAGCCUUCGGAGCUCCCUAAUGAAGUUGUAGCUCAACCUCCAGAACAUCAUGAGGUAACAGUUUCUCAAGUUCAGCCUCCAAUGUUACAAAAUGUCACCAUAAAACCUGUGGAUCAUGCAGUUACCACAACUCCUGAGUUCACUAAUGAAGUUGGAAUUCCAACCCAACAGGAGGCCCCAGCUCAGUCUUCAGUGUCCCCUCAGCAGCUUAAACCUUUGAAAGGCCAAGCAGAGGUUAUAAUUCACCAGCCAAACUUUCCUGAAAAGGAUGAACAUUCUCCAGUUUAUCAAGGGGUCCCAAGUCAGCCUCAAGAGCUUCCUGAGGAACCAUCUCCAAGCAAGGAGGAAAUCUCACCAUUACCUCAAGAGCCCACUGUGGGUGUUGGACCUUCACCAGGCCAGCAGCAGCACACAACUCAGCCUUCAGCAUCCUAUCCAAUUUUUGCUCCAAUUAGUGAUUCAAUGACACUUUCACCUCUAGAUCUGUCUAUGAUUUUCAGAGGUCAUUCAACAUUGCCUAAACCCACAGUUAAACAUGUGGAUUUGGAGAUUACCAUAACUACAGCAGAGCCCACUACAAAUGCUGAGCCUUACCCAGUCCAGUGGGAGGGCACUACUCAGUCUACAGUUUCCACUGAACAGGAUGAAUUUUCUGCAACCCAGUCUGAUCCCUUUUUCCCCUUUCAUGAUCCCCCUGAAAUGCUUGAAUCUGCUCUAGCCCAGCAAGAGGACACAGCUCAGGCUCCACAUCCCCCUAAGGAGGUAGUACGUUCUCCAGUCCAACAGCAGACCCAAGCUGAGCAACCAUCGUCCCAUAAGGAGGUUGUUCCAUCUGGAACCCAGCAGGAAGCCUUGAGCCGUCCUCCAAAGUCCGCUGAAGAGGUCAUACUUUUUCCACCUCAGCAGGAGUUUCCAGCUCAGCCUUUAGAGCCCCCUAAGGAGGUUGUAGCUCAACCUUCAGUGAAUUAUGAGAUGACAGUUCCAUCACCAGGUCAGGAUCAAGCCCAGUAUCCCACAUUGCCCACUGUCACACUUCAACCUUUGGACAUGCAGCUUACCAUAACUCCAGAACCCACUACAGAGGUUGAACUUUCUCCAGCCAUGCAGGAGACCCCAACUCAACCUCCAGAGCCACCUAAGGAAGUUGUUGUAGCUCAACCCCCAAUAUCUCAGGAGAUGACUGUCCCAACACCAGGUCAGGAUCAAGCCCAGUAUCCCACAUUGCCCACUGUCACACUUCAACCUUUGGACAUGCAGCUUACCAUAACUCCAGAACCCACUACAAAUGUAGAACUUUCUCCAACCAUGCAGGAGACCCCAACUCAACAUCCAGAGCCACCUAAGGAAGUUGUUGUAGCUCAACCCCCAACAUCUCAGGAGAUGACAGUUCCAACACCAGGUCAGGAUCAACCCCAGUAUCCCACAUUGCCCACUGUCACACUUCAACCUUUGGACAUGCAGCUUAUCAUAACUCCAGAACCCACUACAGAUGUUGAACUUUCUCCAGCCAUGCAGGAGACUCCAACUCAAUCCCCAAAGCCACCUAAGGAAGUUGUAGUUCAACAUCCAGUAUUUCAAGAGGUGACACUAGGUCAGGAUCAAGCUCAGCACCCAGCAUCACCCAGUGUCACAGUUCAGCCUUUGGACCUAGCACUUACCAUAACUCCUGAACCCACUAUGAAGGCUGAACAUUCUAUAGCCCUGAUGAAGACUACAGCUCCUCCAAAGCACCGUAAGGUGAUAUUUCCACAUCCGGACCAGGUUCAGGCUCAGCAUACAAACCUGACAGAAGUUACACUUCAACCUUUUGAUCUGGAACUUACCUUAACUCCAGGAUUGAAUAUGGAGGUUGAAUCUUCUCCAACUAUUCAAGAGACCCCAACUCAGCCUCCAGAGUCACCUAAGGAGGCUGUAGCUCAACCUCCUGUGAAUUAUGAGAUGACAGUUCCAACACCAGGUCAGAAUCAAGCUCAGCAUCCAAUGUCACCUAUUGUCACAGUUCAACCUUUGGACCUGGGGCUUACCAUAACUCCAGUGUUUACUGCAGAGGUUGAACAUUCUGCAGCUCCUUCUUCAAAGCAUCCUGAGGUGACACUUCCACAUCCAUACCAGAUUCAGACCCAACAGCCAAACUUGAAUGAAAUCACAGUUAAACCCUUGAACCAGGAAUUUACUGUAACUUCAGAACCCACUGAAGAGUUUAGACCUCCAACCAUGCAGGAGACCCCAACUCAGCCUCCAGAGCUGCCUAAGGACGUUAUAACUCCUGUGUAUUAUGAGAUAUCAGUUCCAACACCAAGUCAAGCUCAAGCUCUCCAGCCAAUGUCACCCAGUGUCACAGUUCAACAUUCGGACCUGGAGUUUUCCAUGAUUUCAGUACCCACCGUGCAGUCUGAACAUCCUGUCGCCCUGGAGAAGGCUGUAGCUCCACUUCCAGACCAGGUUCGGACUCUGCCUCCAAACCUGCCUGAAGUUAGAGUUCAACCUUCUGAGAUGGAUUUUACUGUAAAUACCAUCUCAGAACAGAGUGCCACCACAUAUGCCACCAACAUAUGUGAGCUCUGUACCUGCAAAGAUGAGACAAUGUCAUGUGUUGGUCUCAGCCCAAAGCAGAGGCUCCGCCAAGUGCCUGUGCAGGAGCCUGAUGUCUAUAAUGGCACCUUCACCGUCUUAAAUUUCCAAGGAAAUGCUAUUUCUUACAUUGAUAAGGAUGUCUGGAAAUCAUACCCUUGGACUGAGAAACUAAUUCUCAGAGAAAAUCAUUUGAGUGAAUUACAUAAAGAUUCAUUUGAAGGCCUGCUAUCCCUCCGGUAUUUAGAUUUAUCCUGCAAUAAAAUCCAGUUUAUUGAAAGAGGAGCAUUUGAAUCACUACCAUUUUUGGAGUUUCUAAAUCUCGGUUGCAAUUUACUCACAGAACUGACCUUUGGAACAUUUCAAGCUUGGCAUGGAAUGCAAUUUUUACACAAGUUAAUUCUCAAUCAUAAUCCUCUGACUACUGUUGAAGAUCCAUAUCUUUUUAAAUUGCCAGCAUUAAAAUAUCUAGACCUGGGAACAACACAAGUCCCACUUACAACAAUUGAGAACAUCCUUAUGGCAACUCUUGAGCUGGAAAAACUGAUCUUACCUACCCGUCUCACCUGCUGCAUCUGCCAAUUUAAAAAUAAUAUUGAGGCUGUCUGCAAGACAGUGAAGCUGCAUUGUGAGAAUGCAUGUCUGACAAACACCACAGAUUGUCUUGAAGAAGCAUCUCUAGAGAAUGCAGGAGGAUCUACACUCAUGAAGGUAGUACAAGCCCGGAAGCAGCACACCAGCACUGAGCUGACUAUUGAGCCAGAGACACCCGCAGAUAAAAAUGGCAUCAGCUUGUCAGGCUUCACGAAUGAGCCGCUGGACUUCAAUGAUGAAAGCGAUGUUAUUAGUGCACUAAAUUACAUAUUGCCUUACUUCUCAGAGGGAAAUCUAGAAGAUGUAGAAUCAACAUUAUUACCGUUCAUUAAACUACUUUUUUCAAAUGUACAAGAUAGAGACAAGCCCCGGAGUCAUCUGAAAAACAAUACAAAGACCACCUCUCUUGAACCUGCAUUCCACAAUUCAACUUACACAAAUAAACUGAGGAAACUCUAUUUUCUGGAAAAUUUGUUAGAUGCAGAAAUUCAAGACAAAAUUGAUGAGGUUAAAAAGAAAGAAAAAACUGCCAUGCUUAUGCAGUCUAGCCUUUUCGGUCCCAAAUUUAAACGCCAAAUCUUUUCCAAAAAAUUGGAAACUCUUCAACCACAGGAAAACAGCCUGGCACAGAUUGAGGGUAUAGGGAAAAGGAUGAGGCAGAGGAUGAAGAUAGUCCUCAAGAGACCAAAGGGCAUAAGGAAAAAGGUCUUAGAAGAGGAGAGAAUCAGGAGGAAACAGAGUGCCUGGCCCAUUGCAAAGAAAAUUGCCCAAGCAAGAAGGCUUGGGAGACCAGUCCCCAGUGAAAUGGAACAGCUUCAUGCAGUGCAGAGGCCCAGGAAGUUUGUGGAAAGCUCCUUCUACACCAAGCCUUUGUUCACCCAGGAGCAUAAGGCAGCUGUCUCUUCUUUACAGAAACAGGACUCAGUGGGUGUGUCUUCUGCUCCCACCACUGCGAAAUCCCUACCUGAGGUUAAAAACAAAUCAAAAGACUUGACUGACACCAUUUUUGUUUUAGAAGACGCAAAUGCUAGAGUUAAAAGUAUGGAGGCUGGUCAGCCAAUCGUACAUUCCAGAAAAAAAUAUCACUUUCAUAAAACUCAUUCCCAUGUGGGCCAUAGAACACCCAAGGCCAAAGUAAGUCAAGAGGUCAAAAAGGAAAGUUUGCUCAAAAGACUGAUAUGGAGUCAAAACAGGCCUCCAUUCUCUCCAGUAAGGAGCCUCAUAAAUUCCCCUUCACAUGAAGCUUUUUCAUCUUCAGGAGACCCGAGUCCUCAGGAGAAUCCUUUACCCAAAUUAUUUGCUCUUUCACAACUUUCCACAGGAAACAUUAGUACAUUCCCUGAAGGAAAUACUUUUGAAGAAAACGUUUCUGUAGAUAGCACUGCUGUGCCUGAAGAAACCUUACCUGAAAGCACAACCUACAAGAAUCCUUCUGAUGCAGAGUCCAUUGGGGCGGCAUUCAACAUAAUACCAUCCGUUAAAGAAGCCAAUGAAACCCAAUGGGAAUACCACAACACGGGCACUGACUCAACCCCCAUGCCCAAAAGCUUGACUUAUCCACUGCUCUCGUCCCCAGGUGAUCAGUUUGAAAUUCAGCUAAGCCAGCAGCUACAAUCCCUCAUCCCCAACAACGACGUGCGAAGGCUCAUUGCUCACGUCAUCCGGACUUUGAAAAUGGACUGUUCUGAGAGCCAUGUGCAGUUGGCCUGUGCAAAGCUCAUCUCUAGAACAGGCCUCCUGAUGAAGCUUCUCAGUGAGCAGCAAGAAGUAAAAGUAUCCAAGGCAGAAUGGGACAUGGAUCAAUGGAACAUGGAGAACUAUAUCAAUGAGAACAUAGAAACCCAGAGCCAACAGACAGAGCAGGAGUCCAGUGAGCUCAUUAAAGAAGUUCCAGCAUAUGGCUAUAACAACAAACUCAUCUUGGCAAUAUCUGUGACUGCAGUAGUGAUGAUUUUGAUUAUAAUUUUCUGUCUCAUUGAGAUAUAUUCUCACAAAAGAGCAUCACAAGGAGAUUCAGAAGCAUCUUCAAGGAGGGGCUUUUUCUGGUUCAGCUGGCCACUUUGGCUUAGAGAUAUGUACAGACCUCUCAAUGCCACACGCCAGAAAAACAUGGCAGAGCAGCUGCACGACAAGGAGUCUUCUGAAGAGGAGGAGAUUUUCAACAAGGAUGCUGGGGAGCUCUCUGAAGUUGUGGUGACCACACCGGUGGAGUCGGCUACCGAAGCUGAGGAAAGUGAGAACCCGCCAGAGGAUGAGGAGGAUUGAUAGUGACCCAGCCUGCCUCAGGCCGCCUACAAAUUUUAUUUUCUAAUAUAGGAUUCUGAGCAUUG